AUUAUGAUUUUAUGGAGACUGCUGAAAAAAGCUUAAUAUAAUAUAAAAGAGAAAGAUUUGUAACAAAAUUUAGAAAAGACUUUCGGGAGAAAUUGUUUUCUUAAAAAAGAAAAAAAGUAAUUAUUGACAAAUAGUUAAGAUAAUUAUAAUACUAGAAUAGAAUAAGAAUCAAUUAACAAGUGUUGAUGAGAGUGGAUAGAAUGAUUUUUAGGAGGACUAUUAUAUAAUUUAAAAAUUAGAAAAGGAGAAAGCAUAAUCUUAAAUAACAAUGAAAAUUGAUACUAAGUAAAUUGAGAGACAGAUUGAAAAAUAAUAAUUUGAAAGUGAAACAGAGAUGAGUUUUGAUAGUGAGAAUUCUCAAAGAACUGAUUAUGAUGAUUAUGAUAGUUUGGAUGAAGAUACUUCAUAAUAAGAGGAAUAUGAGGAAGAAGAAUAUUCUAAUAAAGAUAGUGAUGAUUUGAUAGAUUUGAAGAGUAUUUAAUAAAAUUAAUUAAAUUUUAAUUAAGAUGAAAUAGAAAUAGAUGAUAAAGAUUAUGUAGGGUAAGUUAAUUAAAAUGAUAUGUUCACAAUUUUCAUAAGAUAACAUGAAAAAUUGAUAUAAAAUAAAAAGGAUGAAUAAUAUUGA